GGCCCCGUUGAUUGCCUGCAGGUGGCCCGUGACAAGGAUCAGCCUGCACCAUGAACUUGUGGAUCCUAAGCUGCCUGCUGGCCACCAUCGUGGGCGCCUGGGUCCCGGCUGUCCACGCCCAAGGCAUCUCGGAGGACUGCUGCCUGGCGUACCAGCGCCACCUCAAAUGGGCUGUCCUCCGGCACGCCCGGUGCUACCAGCUCCAGGAAGUGAGCGGAAGCUGCAACCUGCGUGCCGUCCGGUUCUGUCUGAAACAGAGAGUCGUGUGUGCGGACCCACGUGAGAAGGCGGUGCAGAGGACCGUGCAGUACCUGAAGGCCCAGAACAAGUCGUGUCUCUCCUCUCAAGUGGACUCAUCAGGCCAUUGUCUUGGAAGAAAGAAGGGGACGUUGAAGUCCCGGCCAACGGCCUCCAAGGUGAACAACUCCAGCAGGCACAAGAGGCGUGCCACCGCCUAGCCUGAGAGCCACAAAGCCCUCGGUAAGGAUGCUCGGUCACGUGACCGUCCCCUCCCCAUCCCCCGGCGCUCAGGGGGACUGC